CCAUUUCAAUUCAAUUCAAUUCAAUUCUGUAAAUGCGUGUGAUGGCGAGUGCGAAAUCGUCCCGUUUCGCGAGCAGCAACCGUCAGUGCGGCGUGGGAAGCUCCAUCGCGGCGGCAUUGCUCAUCUCCCCCAAGAAGCCUGAAUCAACUGAAGGAGGAAUGCGAUUCCUCAACAUCGAGGUGGUCGACGACACUGCCCUCAUCGACACCUCCAUCUUCUCUCAACAAUCCAAGAAAACUACUCGCCCUCGCAAGGAUUGGAAAAUCAAGAAAGCCUCUUCCUAUUCCUAUUCCUAUUCCUAUUCCUAUUCCUAUUCCAGGGCGGAGAUGCUCUCUCUCAAUCUCCACCACCCUCACUCUAUCAAGUGGUCCCAGAUUUACCACGCCCUCCCCGCCUCCGUCGCCGCCGAGUACGACCAGCUCCUCGCCUUCUCUCCUCGCCCCAUCUUCACCAACGAUGGUGGUGCUACUGCAAUCUGGAAAAGAAGAAGCCCUCUCAAGAUCUCUGUGCAUUGAAUUUUUUAGCUUCUUUGAAAUUGCAUGUUAUCAUUGUUUUCAAAUUUAGACCAUUAUGACUACUGUUGGCCUAUAUGCAAGUAAUACAUUUCUGUUCCACAUUGCAAGUUUUCAA